AUGGAUGAUAAAAUGGAUGAUUCUUGGGGAGCAAAUAACUCGAGGGCGAAUGUAUCUGAAAUGGAUAUUUCGCCAGCUCUGACUCCAAAUACGGCAAUAUUUCCGGACAAUAAUUUCGAAUUACCGGAGGCAGCCUUGUGUAAAGUAUUAGAUCUAACAAGCGUGAACAAACCAUCUAGAACUCUCGAAUCUCAUCCGAAAUAUGAGCCAACAAAUUCUGGUCAGUUUCAGAAUUACAUCGCAUCUACGCCACGAGCAGACACCGAUCGAUCUACAGUUGAUUACAGUUUGAUGUCAUCACCAUUUUGUGAACAUCCACAACAGAUUAAACACCGUAAAACGGUACCUGAAUAUGAACCAGAAACAACAAAAAUUACAGAAAUCGCUGAAAAACCGAUGAUGACUGUUCGUCCAAAACGAACAAGUUUAUUUCGUUCAUUCAUAUUCUGCAUUCCAUUCCUAUUUAUUUUUGUUUUCAUUGGACAACAUGUGAUGCAACAAGAAAAGUCCAUUGACCAAUCAUUAAUAUGGAAAAAUACAACUGAUUAUAUUCGACGAGUCGUCGUUGGGCAAGAUGUUAGUUUGAACAAAUUAAUAACAAUAAUUCAUAGACAUAGUCAACAUGACAAUAGUUUUACACAUGUUCUUAUUCAAGGUCCCACCGGAACUGGGAAAUCGUAUUUGGCUAAUACCUUUACCAAAUUUCUUCCAACUACUAUUAUAUCUGUGAAUGAUUUAUUAUUACUAACACCAUCAAAAAAGCAAAAUUCCAAUUUAAAAUCUGAUUAUUUACUAUCGUAUUUACUAUCAAAUUUACCAUCUACAUCAGCACAUAUCGUUUUAAUUAUUGAUGAUCUGGACUUAUUCACAACUAGUGAACAAUGUUUGAAUCUAGCCAAAGCUAUUCGGUUAUUAACAAAACAUUAUGACGAUAAUGAAAACGAAGAAGAAACCAGUUUAUUUAUCAUGUUUAUUAUGACGAAAACAGCAAUAUCUGCAGAUGGACGUGAAAAAGUUUUUGUAUUCAAAUUUUUCUAUUCAAGACAUGGUCAGCAAGCAAUAGAUGAGAAAAAUGAACAAUGUCAUUAUUAUUUAAAACAAGAAUUAUCAACAUUAGAAACAAUUGAAUUUGAAUUAUUAAAACGUGAACAUAUUCAAAAAUGUAUUGAAACACAAUCUUAUAUUCAAAAUUUACAUUUGAAUGAUCAUCAAAUUAAUUCCAUUUUGAAUUCACUACCAUACAUAACUAAAGAUAAUAUUUUCUAUAGUCAGACUGGUUGUAAACAAAUUCCUGCCUAUCUUUUAAUGCAAUCAAAUAGAACGAUGAAACAAUAA